GCCACAUCACAUGACAUUUGCAAUUUUUCGAUUUCGGUCAUCGACGGUAUCGGAGAUGGUCUUCAAGCGUGUGAUGGGGCUUUAUAGAUAAGGAUAAGGACUUCACAAAAUAAUAAAUUUGUUUCGUCGUUUGAAGCCACGAAUAACUUUCACUUGGCUUUACGCCAUGGACGCCAGAAACGAUUCAUUGACAUUACAUUUUGGACUACGUGAUAUUAGCUAGCUAGAUAACUUGCUAAAUUAGCUCCCGUUGACUUGUAAUCUAAAUGUGUGAAAGGUCUGAUGCUACUAAGCCGAUUUUUAUGAAAAUCUCGUCGUUAUGUGUAGUUAGCUGAUUGACUGUUGUUGGCUAGGGGCUAGCUAGCAAACACAGACAUACAAUGGUGUGCAGCUAACGUUAGAGAUGAGUGGAGCUUGCUCGAACUUGCUUGGUCUAACUUGCUCAAAAUGCUCCGUUAUUUAGUAGGCAGCCAAGUUACUUGCAUUAACUUUAAGGAAACCAUUUAUAUUGCUUGCUUAUUAGCUACCUAGCGUUCUACUGCAGUUUUAGUUACUACAGUUACUCAUCUUGGGAUAUUUUAGUUGGAUGUUGAGCCUCCAUCAGUAACCACGAUAUUAUUGACCAGAUAAGAGGCUAGCAUUGCAUAGAGUUUAUUGUUCAGUGGUUGAACAAGACUUGUUGACAAGACUUGCUCUCAUUGCUAAUAUAGCUGGAUCCAUAACUCAGUUAGAUGGCAAACGUUAGCUAACUGAAUUGUCUUGAAUGACGGGGACUUAAUUCAAAAGCGCAUCAGACCAUGUUUUUGUGCUGGUCUUACUUUCAAGAGACAAUUGUCAUUAGUUAAAUAAAUAGCUAGCCAGCUAUUUAAGUCAGUUGCUGAGGAUGACCGACCCAGAAAGUCCCCUUUCAAAUUCUGUUUUGGGAGACUUGCAGUGGCUUUGCAUGGUAACACUGUUCAUUGCAUCCAGCAUUACAUUGAUACUGUAUCUAAUACAGUAUUUUUACGACGAUCUACGGAUACAGAAGCCUGAGCAAAACAAUGCGGUUUCGGAGGAAGCGGACGCUCUGUUGGGAUGGGCGCUGUCACUGAAAAGCUGGAAAAGUCAAUGGAGAGUUGCUUGGUGCAGAGCGUUGAAUGACGAAUCGAGGAAGUCUGGGAGCCCAGUGCAACUAACAUUUGAAGAGGAGAGCCUUCAGUCAUCAGAGCUGGUGGUUGGCCAAGUGUCCAGCUUUAAAAAAUCUGCUGGUCAGAAGGCUGCACAAUGCAAGGUUGUCGGGGACAAGCUUCAGUUCUCCCUCAGUGCAUCACCAUCAGCUAUGUCUCCAGGAGAGCCCUGUAGGUACAGCGUGAAGAUAUCGCCACUUGAACUGCAGUUGGACUUGCAGAUAAGGGAGGCUGAAGGAGAGGUCUGGGUGGGCUGGGGGGUGUCCCAUCUGGAGGCAUGGGACCUGCAGCUCAGCCCCAGCUUCACACAGGACAAUGCCACAGGCCCAAGUGUGGCUGCAGUAAAGGACGUGCUGAGACAGCUGCUGUGUGCGGCGCAUCCCUCCGUGAUGCUGAGUUGCAGGCCUGCUCAGGCCACAGAGGUCAAGGAGGCCUGUAAGCAGGUGACAUCACCGCCCAAGCCCCCCCGCGCUCACGACUGGAAGCUGCUGGUGAAGAAUAUCCGGGUGACAUGUAAGGAGCAGGAGGACGGUGCUGCAGGCAGUAUGAAUCCCCUGUGUGUGCUGCAGCUAGACGACCCUCCACAGAAACUCUCCACUUCAGUCCUACAAAACACAGCCAGCCCAGCCUGGGACCAGCCCUUCAUCUUUGAGCUGAAUGGACGAUCAAAAGAGCUCAAUAUUCAGCUGCUGGAUGAUGGGAAACCUCAGGAGAACUCCUUAAUGGGUCAAGUGUCUGUGCCUUUUCAUCUGGUGAAGAAGCAACCCAAAGGACAGCAAACAUUUGCCCUCAUAUCCAAAGACAAAGUGACUGGGUCACUUACUGCUGAGUUUACCUACUUGGAACCUAGCGAGGUGCGGUCGUGGCAGCCCCCUACUCCAGCCCUCACUAAGAGAGUGGAAAUGGACCGCACGGUUAUGCCCUGCGGUACUGUGGUCACCACAAUCACUGCAGUGAAGAGUAAACCAGCUCGACCACUACUGCCUGGACUGAGCAAAAAUCCCACCCGGCAGACCCCCUUGAAGCCUCCCAGCUGCACCAAGUCCAAGCUGUCGUCUCGGAGGGUGUCAGAGCAGCCAUCCAUGCUGGGGACGAUGGGGAGUAAGGCCCUGUCCUCCUCCGACACAGAGCUGCUUAUGCUCAAUGGGUCCGAUCCCGUGGCAGAGGCCGCCAUCCGCCAGCUCCACGAGUCAGCCAAGCAGAAGCUCAAGUCCCCGGUCAAGAAGAGCACCAUCAUCAUCUCAGGAGUGGCCAAGACCCCUCUUUCUCAGGAUGAUGAGAUGGCAUUGAUGGUGGGCUACGCUGCUGCGAUGGAUGCCUCCAUGUCGGAGCAGGGUUCUCAGGAGAUUUCUGUGGCGACUGCUUCAGUAGUAGGAGCCAGUAGCAACCUCCCGGAGGCGUGGUCAGAACCCCAGGAGGGCCCCAGUGGAGUUGUCCAGGCUCAAGCCCAGCAGGCCCCGGAGGACUGGGAGAGCCAAGCAGAAGAGGACCCAGACAGAGAUGCAGAUAAAACCUCCAUGUCCCUCUGCAUCUCAGAGUCAGGCUCCAAAAAGAGCAGGGCAAAUGAACCUCCUGAGAGGACUGCUAUACUCUUCCCGACAUGAUGGCAGUACUCAAGAUGGACGUAGUAGUCAGAUGCCCUUCUGUUUAAAAUACUUCUGAAAAGACAGGAGAACAGUUCUUCUACUAGUGUAGUAGUGACAAAUUUUAGUGGUAGGGUUUACCUCUUGGAAAUUGUCAAUUUUUCAGGUAUGAACAGUCUUAGAAUGACCUGGGGCCUGUGUGACCCUGGCCUUGCGAUCCCUGGCUGUGCUUUCUAUGCCUAUCAGCUGGUGUUUUCAGAGGACUUGUGAAUGUUGCUAUAUGGCUUGAAAGGCUUUGAGAUGAGAGAGGGGUCAGUUCGAUUUCUCCCUCUCAACAACCCAUAUGAAAACGGAAUAAUCAAGGAGCCCUGGUUUAAAAAUAAAAAAAAAUCAUAUCCAGGUAUGACUGACUGAUUACACUGGGGCAUCUGGUUGCUGGGAAAAAUGCAUGCCAUUUAUGUUGAUAUAGAACAAACACAUUAAUGAAGUUAUCUCCUGCAUGUCUAGUAUGGGUUAUAUUUGAAGUGGUGGACCGUAGAGCAGUUUGGGCAAAUGCCAGAUUGCCUGGUCUGUUUUUUUUUGCCGAUUGGGCCUGUCAAAAUGUAGUGCAAAAUUGUUAGUUAGCUAGUAAUGAGGGCCUUGAGGAAAGAAAUUGCCCAGGAUGGGCAUUGAACAAAAUGGGCAGGUGUGUUAAAUGCCUAGGCUGAUGUCUGGUACCAAUCUCUUGCUGUUUGAAAAGUUGUGGGUCAAAUAUUGACAUGGGCUGCUGGUAGAGUUUCCAAUGGCCUGACUGCUCCCUGUUUUAGUAAAUAAGAGCCCUUUUAGAGCGAUCUUGCAGAUUGAGGCAUUUGCUGAUGCCCGAAGGCAUCUAAAAACCAUGUAAAAAAGAAUGUGGGAAGUUUUAACCAUGCUAACUUGUUUCUCAGCCUAUAACAUGGCUACUGACAAGUGCAAGAUUAUGCAUUUCAAUAGGCAGUGGGCCUGUGUUUGAUCAAACUGCUUCCUGACAUUUAAUAUUGGCAUUGGCUCUGUGAAAUGCACAGAACCUGGUUGACUGCUUAUAUUGAAUGUCAGUCAAUGCCAUGCUGGGAUUAUGACAAAUUAAUUAUUGACAUAUCAGGUUUAUCAUCUUGAGCAAUAAAUAUUGUCUAAAUAA